CAUCCCUCGGACAACGUCGCGCACGCCAGCGACACUCAAAACGCUCACCAAGCUCGAGCCAGUAACUGAGUUGACAGGCUACGCGCGGUUAGCGCUUGCAGCCUUCUUCACUUGCGCCUCUCAUCUCCCACAACAACACUCCCGCCUUCGCGCACUCCCACGCUCGCACCGCCAGCAACAUGGCCGACGACGAGGAGACGAAUGGGGCCUACCCCAAGCUUGCCUCGUACACGGCUCCACAGGAGUUGCUUGAUGAGCAUGCGGCGAUGGCCGAGGAGGAUGGCGAGCCGGACGAGUUCCAGGAGCGCCGGAACGUCAAGCAGAUUGCUCAGCGUCAGAGUGACUACCACUUGCGGCGCUUCCAACGGCGUGACGGCGUAGGCGAGGGCGAGGACGAGAGCUAUGAGGACCGCAUGCGGCGUGUCAAUCUUGAGCGUGAGGAAGAGCGCGUGCGCAAGUUCAAGGAGCAGAAAGCGCGCGAGGAGGCAGAGCAGGGCGUCCAGCAGAUCACCGAGGACGACAAGACGCCACCACGGGCGCUGCUGGAGGGCGAUGCGACUCCACCAAGAGCGAUCGCUGGCGGUGACACACCUCCCAGAAGGCAACGCUGGGAUGACGACGACGUCAAGCCCGAUGUCGAGCGGAAACGGUCGCGCUGGGACGAGACACCUGAGGAGGCCGAUGUCAAGCCAAAGAAGCGACGGUCCCGCUGGGACCAGGCGCCAGCGGAGGAGGAAAAGCCCACUGCCCUCGCCGUGAAGGAGGAGAGGGUCGCUUCCUCUGCCGCGCCCCAGAUGGUUGAGGACCGACGGUACCGCGCUAUCACGGACGACGAGCUCAACUCGCUUUUGCCUGGCAAGGCAGAUGGAUACGAGAUCGUGCCAGUUCCCGAGGAUUACGUUCCGAUGCCAGCUGUGCGUAAGAUGGUCCCGGAAGACUCGCAGCACGCGGCGACGGGCUUCAUGAUGCAGGACGAGAGCGCUGCGGCGCGCGCCGUGCAAGCCGCGGGUGGAUUCCAGGGGACAGGCGAGCAGACGGAGAUCGAAGGCAUCGGGACUCUGCAGUUCCUCAAGCCUGAGGACGCCCAGUAUUUCGCCAAGGUGCUGGGCGAGGGUGGUAGCGAAGCCGAUGACGUGCACUACACCCUUGACGACUUGAAGGAGCGCAAGAUCAUGCGCCUCCUGCUCAAGAUCAAGAACGGCACACCACCAGUACGCAAAACGGCAUUGCGCCAGAUUACGGACAAGGCGCGCGAGUUUGGAGCCGGACCACUGUUCGACAAGAUCCUGCCCCUACUAAUGGAGCGCUCGCUCGAGGACCAGGAGCGCCACCUGCUCGUCAAGGUUAUCGACCGCAUCCUGUAUAAGCUUGACGACCUUGUGCGACCCUACGUCCACAAGAUUCUUGUGGUCAUCGAGCCUCUCCUCAUUGACGAGGACUACUAUGCGCGCAUGGAGGGCCGUGAGAUCAUCUCCAACCUCGCGAAGGCCGCGGGCCUGGCGCACAUGAUCUCCACGAUGCGCCCCGAUAUCGACCAUGUAGAUGAGUACGUGCGCAACACGACUGCACGAGCAUUCGCUGUUGUCGCGUCAGCGCUCGGCAUUCCCGCCCUCCUUCCCUUCCUCAAGGCUGUUUGUCGCUCUAAGAAGAGUUGGCAGGCGCGCCACACCGGUAUCCGCAUCAUCCAGCAGAUCGCCAUGCCUGGUAUGAUGGGUAACGGUGUCCUGCCGCACCUGCGCAACCUCGUCGACGCGAUCGCGGACGGACUUCAAGAUGAACAGCAGAAGGUGCGCACGAUGACGGCCCUUGCAUUGGCGCAGCUCGCAGAGUCCGCCGCGCCAUACGGCAUUGAGUCGUUUGACAACGUGCUCAAGCCCCUUUGGCUUGGCAUCCGGCAGCACCGUGGCAAGACGAUCGCCGCGUUCCUCAAGGCCAUCGGUUACAUCAUUCCGCUCAUGGACCCCGAGUACGCUGGCUACUACGUGAAGGAGUGUAUGCCGAUCCUCAUCCGCGAGUUCCAGACGAGCGACGAGGAGAUGCGCCGCAUCGUCCUACAGGUGAUCAAACAAUGCGCGGGCACCGAAGGUGUGCAGCCUACUUUCAUUCGGCAGGAGGUGCUGCCCGAGUUCUUCAAGGCCUUCUGGGUGCGCCGCAUGGCGCUCGACCGCCGCAACUACAAGCAGCUGGUCGACACGACGGUCGAGCUCGCCACCAAGGCUGGUGUGUCCGAGAUUGUUGGGCGCAUUACAAACGACCUCAAGGACGAGAGCGAGCCGUAUCGCAAGAUGGUUAUGGAAACGAUCCAAAAGGUCGUGCAGGCCAACGGCGCAGCCGACAUCGACGAGCGCAUGGAGCAGCUGCUUAUUGACGGCAUCAUUUUCUCCUUCCAGGAGCAGACGCUUGAAGACACCGUCAUGUUGGACGGCUUUGCUGCGGUUGUUGGUGCACUUGGGGGGCGUGUCAAACCAUAUCUGCCCCAGAUUGUGUCGAUGAUUCUGUGGCGCCUGACCAACAAGAGCGCCAAGGUGCGCAUGCUGGCGGCCGACCUCACGACCAAGCUCGCGCCAAUCAUCAAGCAGAACGACGAGGACCAGCUGCUCAGCAAACUUGGUAUCGUGCUCUUCGAGCAGCUUGGUGAGGAGUACCCGGAUGCUCUGGGGUCCAUCAUCGCCGCCGAGGCGAGUAUCGCCAACGUGGUGGGCAUGACCCAGAUGAACCCACCAGUGAAGGACCUCUUGCCGCGCAUGACGCCCAUUCUGCGUAACCGUCACGAGAAGGUUCAGGAGGCGACAAUCAACCUCAUCGGCCGCAUUGCCGACCGUGGCGCUGAAUUCGUCGCCGCCAAGGAGUGGAUGCGCAUCUGUUUCGAGCUGCUUGACCUGUUGAAGGCGCACAAGAAGGCGAUCCGCCGUGCGGCCGUCAACUCGUUCGGCUACAUCGCCAAGGCCAUUGGCCCGCAGGAUGUCCUUUCAGUCCUCCUCACCAACCUGAAGGUGCAGGAGCGCCAGUCGCGUGUGCUGUCUACCGUCGCCAUCGCCAUUGUGGCCGAGACAUGUGGACCUUUCACGUGUAUCCCGGCCAUUUUGAACGAGUACCGCACGCCCGAGCUGAAUGUGCGCAACGGUUGUUUGAAGGCGCUGGCCUACGUAUUCCAGUACGUCGGCGAAAUGAGCAAGGACUACAUCCACUCGGUUAUCGGGCUCCUCGAGGACUCCCUCACGGACCGCGACCACGUGCACCGCCAGACAGCGUGCGCGAUCGUGAAGCACCUGACCAUUGGUGUUGCCGGAUUGGGGUACGAGGACGCCCUCACACAUCUUCUCAACCUUGUGUGGCCGAACAUUUUCGAGACCUCACCUCACGUCAUCGGCGGCGUGAUGGACGCCAUUGAAGCUAUGCGGAUUGGUCUCGGACCGGGCGUCGUGCUCAGCUACGUCCUGCAGGGCCUGUACCACCCCGCGCGCCGCGUGCGCGAGGUGUACUGGCGCAUGUACAAUACGCUGGUCCUGGGGUCUGUGGACGCCAUGGUCCCCUUCCUCCCUGCACUGGGGAGCUCGGCCGACCUGGCUACUGGGCAGGAUUACACGCGGCACCAUCUCCUCAUGUGGAUUUAGUGUUGGCAAGGCAGUAGUUACUUUAGACAUGUAUUAUCAGAGGGC